AUGUCUUCACUCAACAAUGGCAGGGCACUCUCCUUUGCUCUCAGAAAAUUCUCCUUUCGACGAUUCGCCUCUUCAUUUUCCUUGGCUACUGAGAAUCAGAAAUCGAAUGGUACAACGGCGGGAACAAACCCUAGCUUCAUUCAUCCCUCUACAAUUGUUCAUCCCAAUGCCAUUUUAGGUCAGGAUGUUUCAAUUGGUCCCUUUUGUACCAUUGGACCUUCUGCUAAGUUGGGGAGUGCUUGUAGGCUACACCCGGGGAGCCAUGUGUUUGGAAAUACAGAAUUAGGGGAUAACUGCAUCUUGAUGGCGGGUGCUAUAGUCGGAGAUGAUCUUCCAGGUUGUACAGUUGUCGGGUGCAAUAAUAUAAUUGGACAUCAUGCUGUGGUUGGGAUUAAAUGCCAAGAUAUGAAGUACAAGCCAGGGAAUGAAUGCUUCCUUGAGAUUGGUGACAACAAUGAAAUCAGAGAAUAUACAUCCAUCCAUAGAUCUUCAAAGCAAUCCGACAAAACGGUCAUUGGUGACAACAACCUUAUAAUGGGAUCUUGUCAUAUUGCCCAUGACUGCAAAGUGGGUAGUAAUAAUAUUUUUGCAAAUAAUACUCUUCUGGCUGGCCAUGUUAUUGUGGAGGAUCAUGCUCAUACAGCAGGAGCUAUUGUUGUUCAUCAAUUUUGUCGUGUCGGUUCUUUUUCUUUCAUUGGUGGUGGUUCUGUGGUUUCUCAAGACGUUCCAAAGUACACAAUGGUUUCUGGAGAACGAGCUGAGCUGCGUGGAUUAAAUCUAGAAGGUCUACGACGACAUGGAUUCUCAACCAUGGAGAUAAAGAGCCUACGGGCAGCUUAUAGAAUGAUAUUUAUGCCCAUUGAUGAAAACUCUGGAAGUAUUGAAGACCGUCUAACUAAAUUGGAGCAGCAUGAGGAAUUGUCUCUAGUUCCAGCUGUUUGUUCUAUGAUCUUGGUGGGGAUCAUGACACAUGUCAGGUGUCUAAUUGUCUUCUCCAGAAAUUAUACUGUGUAA